UUUGUCUAAGUAUUUAGAUUAUAUAAAGCCUUCUAGAAAAAUGCACCAGACAUAGCACCACAGAGAAGUCUCUUAGUUUGGUUUUUAUCGCUGUUUAAAAAAACAUUAUGAUCAAAAGCAGCUUGGGGAGGAAAGGGUUUAUUUCAAUUUAUAGUUGUAAAGCACUAUGAAGGGAAGUCCCGGCAGGAGCUCCAGGCAGGAACUGAAGCAGAGCCUGAAGACCAGGAAGGUUGCUGUUCUCCCACAGCUUGGUCAGUUUGCUUUCAUAUACCAGCAAUGACCAACUUCUAAGAGCUGCUGGCUUUGUUUAUAUCAAUUAGCAAUCAAGAGAAAUGCGCCCGUGCUCCCCCCCCCCCCCUUCUCUACUGGUAAUCUAAUGGAGGCGUUUUUCUCAACUGAGGUUCCCCUUCCUAUUUGAUUUGAGCUUGGGUCAAGUUGACAAAACAUUAAACUGGGCAGGAAGUACUGUGCGUUUAUUUAUUAUUUGCUCUCUCUGUAUGUGUUGGUCAGAGGACAAUCGGUGCAAUUGGUUCUCUUGCCACCGUGUGGGUUCUAGGUGGGUCAUCACGCUUGCUGCAAGCAUUUUGACCUACUGAGCCAUAUCAUUGGUUCUAAUAGUUUUUUGUUUUUUUUGUUUUUUUUUUUUUCCUUUUGGACGAGGCUCAUUCUGUAGCCCAGGCUGUCCGGGAAUUUACAGAUAAUCUACUCAGCUUCCUUAGCUCUGGAACUAAAGGCUAAGUAAGGCCUUCACACCCCACCCCUAACACAUUUUGUUCUGUUCUGUUUGUUUGUUUAAGGCAAUUGUACUCUUGAUUAGAUUCUCUUGGAGGAAAGGGGCAUUCUCUCUAAAAUGUACCCUAGAGACAGCGAAAUCACACAUUACAAUGUGAUACUUGCCAGGGGCCAAGGAAAUCUACAAAGUAGUCUCUGAAUCAGCAGGGGCCAAGGGAUUGUGGAACUCUAUCUGGAGGAAAAGGUGGCUACAGGUUAAGAGCUCACAUCCCGAGGCUCUAGGUAGCUGAGCCAGGAGGAUGCUUCUUCAGAUGAGGUGAUGGAAAAGGGCCUUUUAUAGUUCACAGCAGGCAAGUUUUAAAGCAAGAAGCUUUAAAGAGAAAGGUCACUUUCUCUAUGAUUUAGGGUUUGCACCGUCCUCUGCCCACAAGGGCAAAGUGAGUUGAGUGCGACUGUUUACUUACUGUGCCCAGAAAGCCUCUGGCUGCUCAGUUUGGUUCUUGACAACCCACCACCACGGCACAUCUUAGUGUCCCACAAGUGACUUCCAAAUUCUGCUCUAAUCUAAGGAAGAAACUCAGUUUCCUUGAGUAACAAUAACCAAGUUUCCUGAACCACUGAGGCUGUUAAACUCCAGCCAGAGAGGCAGGAACUUCUGGUCACCGCCAGGCUUGUCCCAUCACCUCUUCCAUCCUAUCCACUUUCUGUCUCUCAGAGGCAGGCAGUGAAGGUCUUGGAACUAGAACGCGCACCAGCCACAUUGAUGCGGUGCGAUUCUAUUCUCAGGCUGGGAAGGCUUAGCUAGCUGAACGGGGCGCAGCACCAGAACCCCGGUGAAAGUUGGCAGGGCUUGCCCAUCAGAACGAAAGCCGAAGCAAGCUGGGCAGCAUCUCGAAGCGCCGUCUUCUUCCCUCCUCCGCCGCCUCCCAGUCUCCGGUAGCGCCCCACAGAUCCCCCUCGGAGCCCGCAGGCAGGGCUAGGGCGACCCGGGUGGCGCCCCGCGUGGCCGCGCACACCCGCCGAUGCAGACUCCGGCCCGCAAGCCCCGCCUCCCGGGCCCAGCUGAUCCGCGCCGCCCUGCAGGCCCCACACCUCGGCCCCGCCGAGCCCCACGCCGCCCGCGCCCGCCAACCUCGCGCCGCCGACUAAGGUCCGGGCCGCGCACCUCGGGCCGCGCGCGCGCCGGGAGGGGAGCGGGAGGCGGGGCGGUCUACGCGGUGCGGCGGAGCGGUGAGUGGCGCGGCCCCGCCGCGGCCAUGGAGGUCUACAUCCCGUCCUUUCGCCACGAGGACAGCGAUCUGGAGCGCGGCUACACGGUGUUUAAAAUAGAAGUGCUAAUGAACGGAAGAAAACAUUUUGUUGAGAAACGGUACAGCGAAUUCCAUGCCUUGCACAAAAAGGUUCUCUCUGUCCCUGUGUCUGUCUGUCUUGUGCUGAGGAAGCCCAAGACUUCUUACAUGCUAAGUCAGCACCCUACCACCGAGCUACAUCUCCUGCUCUUUAUCGGCUCAUUUUGAGAUGGUCUCUCUAUGCAGCCCAUUCUGACGUCAUAGUCAUGAUCCUCCUGCCUCAUGCUUUCAAGAAUGGGAUCCACGCUGGGAUCCCAGGCGUCCACCGUCACACCUGACCGCCCGUUGAGCUUUUGCCAUUUCUUCUGGAGCCGUGUUGUGUAUUUGAUUCUGUUUUCUUUUAGUUUUAAAGACCAAAGUGAGGAUGCCUCACACCACUCACAUUGAAUCAGGCUGUGUGUCACGGAACCUAGCAGUCUGCAUCCCAGGCGAGUUCCCCAGAGGAUGCGUGAUAGAAUUUGAAGUUCCUUCUGUGAGUUAUAGUUUUAAGGAUGCCACUCAGAUGCAGCCCUACACACACACACACACACACAGCCACAAGUCUUAGCUCGAGGUUCUGAAUCUUGAAAGUCCCUCUGACCUUUUUCUUACCUGAAUUUUCCAGAAUGCUGCUAAGUGCUGUCAACUUGUUCUGUUACGUUCCGGCAAUGCAUCCCACUUGGCGUUCCCUGCCAGCCCAGAGCAGUGUUACCUUACAUGAUGUCUCCUGCUCUUCAUCUUCUUACUUGUCUUCAGUUUGCCUUUGCCUGCAUUUCAAGGCCUUUCUCCCGCUCUCUCUGAUGUGGGCUUGAAUUGUCUUCAGUUGUGGACAGGGCUGCAUUCCUGUAGGAGAGCCCAUUUGCUGCCCUUGGUAGCUCCCAACAGCUGCCCACAUUCCUCACAGCCACCUGCCAUCUUCCAAGGUGGCAGUCACCUCCUUUGCUGCUUCUUCCUCCCUCAUGACAUCUACCGUCCUGUCCCUCUCUCUGACCUUCUCUUAGUUAGGGUUUUACUGCUGUAAACACACACCAUGACCAAGGCAGGUCUUAUAAGGACAGCAUUUCAUUGGAACUUGCUUAUAGGUUCAGAGGUUCAGUCCAUUAUCAUCAAGGCAGGAGCAUGGCAGCAUCCAGGCAGUCAUGGUGCAGAAGGAGCUGAGAGUUAUAUAUCAUCUGAAGGCAGCUAGGAGAAGACAGGGUCCCACGUGGUUAGGAGAAGGGUCUUAAAGCCAAGCCCACAGUGACACCCUUCCUCCAACAAGGCCACACCUCUAAAUAGUGCCAUUGCUUGGGCCAAGUAUAUUCAAACCACCAUAGGCCUUAAUAGUUCUCUGUCCCCUUUGAGGUUAACAUCAGGCCCAUCCCUGGAUAGCAGUCUUGUAUCAAGAUCCUUAAUUAAAACCUCCUCUGCAAAGCCCCUUUCUGUUGUGCAGAAAUACCACUCACAGGCACUGGGAACUAGAGAUUCUCAGAUGUCUUCGAAGGCAUCAUCAUCGUGUUCACUUCCAGCCAUCUACUGGCCAAUCCUUUCUCUAUUGUUCUCCUAAGGAGGGUUCAUGGUAGCCACACCCAAGCAUUACCUGUGCAGGUCCACACUUCCCUGUCUUUGCCAGGCUGAAUGCCCGUCCAUUUGCCAACUGAUAUGUUAGAAACAAAGCUGGACAUUCAAGUUCUUCAACGCCAGCUGCCUGUUUUCUACUCUUUAUAGAAACUCCUGUUCCAUUUACGUUACACAUUUCUGCCUAAACAAGUUAAGUUAUAUUCUAAUGCAAAGCUUAUAUCCUAUGUCGUCAGCUGGCUUUGAGCUUGCAGUGUUGUAUAUUCGAGGAUGUUGGAAAUCUCACGGUCUCCUACAGUUCUAGGUGUAUAUUGCUAUGUCUCCCCUACCCAGAGCCCCAACAUAUACACCAGGUCUUAUCCUUUGUAUUUUUUACAAGGUUAAUUAUCUGGUCUAUGGGAUAUUGGAGAGCACCAUAUAUGGUCUGGUUUAGGGGUUUUAUGUUAUUGGAACUUGACCCCAGGUCCCUCUAAUUCCAUUUCCUCUGUAGCUUCUACUGCGUUAGAAUGAGGUAGGGGAUGACAAAUUCCCCACCCAAAUCAAACAGGACUCUAUCCUGUUCUUUGCCCCCUGCAGCUACGGCACACGCUCUUGUGAUGGGUAAACCUUUAGGCAUGUGAAGGGCCCAGGCCAUGCCACAGUCACCCCUACCCUAGCCAUAUCAUUCGUCUCCUCCCACGGCCAUGCUUGCAAAGAGCUGUGCUCUCCUAGGCCCCAGAUCUCAUGGCUGACAAGAAGCUCUUACUCUUACUGCAGACUUUGAGCAUAUUUUACCCUUCAUGCCUCCCCAGCUGUUUUCUGUCAGUUCCAGCCCACCCCUUUAUUCACAACGUUUUCAGUGAAAUAUGGGGCUGGUUCAUGUUCAGAUUAACUAUCUUCAUCUUUUGUUAUUGCCUCCUUUGGGGUUGAGUCAAAUAUUAUAUUCUCUUCCAUUCCAUUUAAUGAAGUACACAUUUCAGCUGAACCAAAAACUGCAAUAUGGGAUCAAACAGAGAGAACAGCACCCGUGCGCCGUCCAUGAAGGAACCCCGAGAGAACCGGGGUGACUGUGUGUAUACGAGAAGGUUAUCUUUUGCCAUCCCAAUGCCUCUAUUUCUUUAGAUGAUUUCGUUUCCUUUUUUUUUUUUUUUAAAUUUUUAUCCUUGCUAAAAGCAUUUCUGGUUCUCUCUGUAGAAAAUUGUAAGCUUUUCUAUCCACAUCAUAUGCUAGUGGGUCUUGAUGGUCUGGAGUAAGUUCACAGCAAGUUCUAACUAUGAACAAGGAAAAGGAAUCAUCACACAAUGGAUACGAACACGUGCGUGCGUGCGUGCGUGCGUGCGUGUGUGUGUGUGUGUGUGUGUGUGUGUGUGUGAUCAGAAAGGCCCUUUUGCCUGGAUUUUGCCUAGCAGGACAGUUAAUCAUCAGAUGAAGUGGACAAGGGAUAUUUAUCUUGCAAGCAUCUGAUCCCCACUGGAAACAUACUGUCUUGGGUUUGUCUCUCAUCUAAAUUCCUGCUCACCUCCACAUGUGUCACAGAUGCAGUCUCUGCGAUGAUCUUCUCUCUCUGUUGCCUCCUGUGAACAAAAGGGGCGAUAUUUUCAGUGCUGUUACAUCAAGAUGCAAAGAAAAGAAAAGGAGAGGAGACCGAUGGUGGAGCUCUUGUGGGGAUCAAAGUCGGGUUGUAAAGCUUGCAUCGCCAGCUUGCUUCCACUUUUCCAACCCUUUGGAAACACUCCUGUGUGGUAGUUUCUUACCUCAUCCUCACUCCCUACCUGUCCCUCAGAGUUGGCCCUCCCAGUAUUCUAUUACAGCAUAAUAAAUCACCACAGACACAAACGCAUAACUUUCAAAGAACACUUGUUACAUAGAGUCUCCAUGGAUCUGAAGUCAGAGCUCUUCUUCGUUCUCACAGCUAUGCUUAAGUCUGUAUCUAUGCUCACUCAGGCAGACUUCUGCCUGCAUCUUUGGGAGUGAUGCUUUUUAUAACUGUUAGCUAGAGAUGGAUGGCUCUUGGCUGCUAGAGGUCACUUGAAGCCCUAGCCACUUCUUCAAAGUUAGCAGUGUUCCAGAGAGGUAGCCGUGGAAGUGACCACCCUACUGUAGUCACAGCUCCUGCCCACUCUCACAUGGAAAGUGUUAUGUAGAUUGUAAACACCAGGAAGCCAGUUUGUGCCUUCUCCCCACCAUAACCCCUUUGCUGUGUUGGGACUUGACUCUUAAUAUGAUUUGGCUCAGUUCUAUGUCUACAAACACUUUCUACACAGUGUUCAGACUCCUGGGUUUACAGAAUUCUGUAUAGUUUCUCACACAUUGUCUUCCCAUGGACACCUAGAGGCAUCUCUAGCUUAAACUCUCCAACCGCAGCAGUCGAUCUCUUUCUAUUAGGAGUGUCUAAGGAUGUACACAUAGAACCUUGGCUAGCUUUCUUGAACAAGUAAGAAAUUUAGUGUUGUCCUUAGGAAACCUAGAGGCCAUCAGCUCAAGGGAUGGAGCAAGACUCAGGGUCUGUUGUCAUAAAGCUGUAAUUUUACCUUUUCUUGAGCCUCAGUAUCUGUUAUAAAGCUGUGACUUUAAUUUUUCUGAUUACAGCUGCUGUCAUUCCAGGCAUUUCUUCACACUUCUGUGGGAAACAAACCCUACUGUCCUUCUGGCAAAACAGAAGUUCUUCUACCCAGUAGACUUACACUGUGUUUUAAUUAACAACUGUGUCACAUGACCACGGUGAUGAUAAGGGAACUUAGGAACUCAAGAAUUUUAGGUUUAACAUGUUGAACUCUGAAUGGCAUUUUCCCCUAUCCAAGGGGAUUAAAUUUAGCUAGCAGUUCUUAUAGAUGCAAGGCAGAGGUGGCAGUAGCAAAUGGGAUUUUGUUGUUCCUGCAUGGAGGUGAUCAGACCUCUGUUACUUUACCAUUCCCAAACCCUCCAGCUGGUGCCUCAUGGUCAAGGGUGUUUGCUCUGGCUCCAUCCACUGCAUUGGUCAUUGAUGUAAGAAGAGCGGAAGAAUGGAAGGAAGGAGCUGGCCCCUCCCUUCCUGGCCUCUGAGAUCCCCUUUCUUCGAACCUCCCUACCAGCAGGAUGGAAUUACAUGUAGCUGUGGGUGCAGGUAGGGAAAGUGUUUCUUCAUUCACCCAAAACCAGGAGUUGAAUCCUGUAGCACUCAGGAACUGUUGAUUUGGGGAAUAACGAAGCGAUUGGGCAUUGUGAUGGCUAUUCAUGAUCAACUUGAUUACAUCUGGAAUUCACUAAUACCCAAUCGGCUGAGUACACUUAUGAGGGCUUUUUUUUUCUUUUUUAAGUUAAGUCAUUUGAAAGUCAGAAGACCCACCUUUAAUCUGGAUUUUUUGAAGUAGAUAGUUUAGUCUUAAAUCUGGGCCACACCUUUUUGAUGGCAGCCUAUAAAGGACAUAGAAGAAGGUACAGCUCGCUCUUUGCUUGCCCUCACUCUCCAUGGCAAGUCCGUUCCUUCCCUGACAUUAGAACCUACUUCUUUGGGAUCCCAGGGCAUACUGAAGACCAGUUGAGACAUCCAGCCCCAUGAGCUGAACAACGGAUGGAUGCUUGGACUUUCUAUUGAUGGGCAGCGGUUGUUGGAUUAGCCGGACCACAGCCAUAUUUGUUCUGUCAGUUCUGUUCCUCUAGAGAACUCUUUCUAAAACAGCCACUGAGAUCAAAUGUGACAUUAUGACACUGUUCAUUAAACGACAGGCAGUUUAUCAAAACGGCUACCAGAGGAGGUCCAAACCUGAGUGUCUGCUCUAGAGCCAUGGUGACCAAAUAUACUUGCACACCCACAGUUCCACUGUCAGCACCCACAGUCAAGACCAUGCUCUCUGGUCUGGGUUUUCUUAGGCACUUUGUCUUACACGCGUUCUCACGACCGGCCAGGAAGAACACAACAAACCAGAAUCUUCUGCGGCAAAACUUUAUUGCUUACAUCUUCAGGAGCAAGAGUGCAAGCCUCAAACCCCUUGCUUACAUCUUUAGGAGCCAGAGCGCCAGAGCGCCAGAGCGCGCUCUAUUGUUUACAUCUUUAGGAGCAAGAGAGCCAGAGCGCCAGAGCGCCAGAGCGCAGAGCAAGCCCCAAGCCCCAAGCCCCAAGCCCAAAAACGAAAGCGAAACCCCGUCCCUAUUUAGGAGAGUUACCCUUCGCCUAGGACGUAUCACUCCCCGAUUGGCUGCAGCCCAUGGCCGAGUUGUUGCCACGGGGAAGGCAGAGUACAUGGGGUGGAGAAAUACCCUUGGCACAUGCGCAGAUUAUUUGUUUACCACUUAGAACACAGCUGUCAGCGCCAUCUUGUGACGGCGAAUGUGGGGGCGGCUUCCCACAACUUUGAACUGGUCUGUCAGCUCCACCUGUCUCAUUACACCCAGCAUGUUUCAUCUUGUUGAAAUCAUCAAUAUACCUCUCAUUUCAAAUAAUAUCUAAAUUCCUGUUGUGGCCUCCAAGGCACUAAAGUAUCCGGUGCACUGAGAGUCCACCUCUUCUUGCUGACUUUGAGCAUCAAAGGCCCGACCUUCCCUUUCUAUUACUGUGUCUGCCUGUCUUAGCGUUUCUUUCUUUUCUUUUCUUCUCUUUCCUUUCCUUUUCUUUUUUUAGAUAUU